AGAGCAUGUCUGCUGUAGGAAAGGGGCAUGAUAUGUUCUGUCAGAAGGCAGUGUCCCUCAUAGUUGACCUCUGCACUCAGGACAGCCCACGGCUAGACCACGACACCUGCGAGGAGUAUCUCUUUCACAUCUCCAAUCAAGAGUACAACCACAAAGAAUCGGACAUCACUACAGGCCUUCCCAUCGGUGUGAUAAUAGCGUGUGGUUUGGCGCUGCUUUUGCUUUCCACAUUUGUCUCCUGGAAGCUCUGUUGGGUUCCUUGGAGGAAAAAAUCAAGUUCUGCGGCCCUCGCCACUGACGACUGCCCCUCGUUUCAGCUACCGUCUCUUCUGCCGAGUCCUCAGCUGUCCAAGGUCGCUAUGGCGACUGAGAAGGAAAAAUAUCCUUUGGCAUCAAUGGGCUUCCUGGAGGCAGCCGUUAAAAUAAGCCAAACAUCUCCUGACAUCCCCGCUGAGGUGCAGCUCUCUAUGAGGGAGCACUUUCUGCGCCGUACGCAGCGCAUGCAGAGACAAACCACCGAGCCGGCAUCAUCCACAAGGCACAGUUCCUUUAAACGUCACCUCCCCCGUCAGAUGCAGGUAAGCAGUCUGGACCUGGGCGACGACUACUAUGUGGACGAGCAGCCGACCAGCAUCGGCCGCAUCAAUCCCGAACUCUACAAGCAGAUGGGCACCAAAAAGGAAGACACCAGCAACGGUGAAAGUGGCAAAAACUGCGGCAAGAUCAAUUUUUCUCUCCGGUACGACUACGAGAACGAGAUGUUGCUUGUUAACAUACUCAAGGCCUUCGAUCUACCAGUCAAGGAUCUUUGUGGCAGCUCCGACCCCUACGUGAAGAUCUACCUGCUGCCUGACAGGAAGCAGAAAUUCCAGACGCGAGUCCAUCGUAAAACGCUCAACCCCACGUUCGACGAGUCCUUCCAGUUUCCUGUGCCCUACGACGAGCUGCCUGCCAGGAAGCUCCAUCUGAGCGUUUUUGACUUUGACCGAUUCUCACGGCACGAUAUGAUCGGGGAGGUCAUACUGGACAAUCUGUUUGAAGUGUCUGAUCUCUCGAGGGAGACCUCCAUCUGGAAAGACAUUCAGUAUGCUACCUCUGAAAGUGUAGAUCUUGGAGAGAUCAUGUUCUCGCUCUGCUAUCUGCCCACGGCAGGCAGACUAACACUCACGGUCAUCAAGUGCAGGAACCUCAAGGCAAUGGACAUUACAGGAUACUCAGAUCCCUAUGUGAAAGUGUCCCUCAUUUGUGAUGGGAGGCGUCUGAAAAAGAAGAAGACUACCACAAAGAAAAACACCCUGAACCCCACAUAUAAUGAGGCCAUUAUCUUUGACAUCCCUCCUGAGAGUAUGGACCAAGUCAGCUUACACAUUUCCGUCAUGGACUAUGAUCUGGUGGGCCAUAAUGAGAUUAUUGGUGUGUGCCGUUUGGGGUGUGGUGCUGAAGGGUUGGGUAGGGACCACUGGAACGAGAUGCUGGCAUACCCUCGUAAACCCAUUGCACACUGGCACCCCCUGCUGGAGUCCAAGAAAUCUGAAAAAGAGUGGAAAACCAGAACGGCCAGUUUUGACAGUCAGGGGUCUUGCCCCUCCCCCAAACCUCCUGCCAGCCCUUGAUCAGAGCCAGAUGUAAAAACCCACGGGCUAUGUAAACCCAUCUUCGCUCUCUCGCCGAUGUCUAUGUGUCUGUACAAGGAAAAGAGAGGGAGAGAGAGAAAGAAAACUCUGCUAUCCACGUUUCCCUUUGGGUUGCUAUAGAUGCUUCCCGAACACUGAUCUAAGAUCAGUCCCUGCUGUCUUUGCCCGAUGUUCCUCAUGUUCAAAAUGUUCCAGUCCACAUGAUCUUCAGUCAGCUGUUGGGGGUGUUGCGCAAUCUUCUAUACCUAGAAUACUCUACAAAGCAAACUUUGUGUUCCUAGAAUAGCUCGGUAUAGUCAGCAGAAGUGUUUCUUCCCAUUUGAAUUUUCCUUCAGACUGAAGCGUUUGAAAUGUGACUGUGGUGUUCUGUAAUCUGUCUGCGUGCUGUAGAAGUUUCCGCACAACGCUGCAGGUCUUAGAUUUUGAAAGGAGGACUAACCAUCUUGAGGAACGAAGGGCUUGACGAAGAAAGUGAUGCGAAAGAAAGUAAAGGAUUUGUUAUGUGCUAUUUGAACCUUUUUAUCCUUCAUUGUAUGAAUAAAAAUGUGUGUGAAGGUACAAAUAUCCUGAAGAAUAUUAAAAAAUUGAACUUUAUAGAUGUUGUAUAAUGUUAAAUGUGUAAAAAGAGAUUUUCCUCAGAGCACAACAAUCUUUUCCUAUUCAUACUUAGCAAAACAAAGACGGUUUACAUGUAAAGACGUUCAUACUGUAGCUGCACACAUGUAGCCAAAUACAGUAAAUAUAUUUGAUUACAUAAAUGUUCAUGUGUGAAACCACGAGUGCAAAACUGGGCAUUUCAUGGAGGAGUUAAAAGUAAAACAGCCAUAAAUAUCAUAAGAGGUGAAGAAAGGGAAUCUGAGUAGCAUUGCAUUCAAUAGAUUCUAUUCUUCUUUAAAGCCUCCUGCCGUUCCAUUUCCAUCUUAUGUUGACAGCUUAUCGAGUUGACACAUUUUGACAUGUAAUUUUAUUGUGAGUUAAAUUGGACUGUCAAAAGGUCCACAUUUUGGCACAUUGCACUGGAAAAUGUCUAGUGUAAGCAAUGCUUAAAUGUAUUUUCGGCACUAUAUGACAAGAGCAGGGUUCACGUUACAUCAAAAAAGUAUAAGAUAUUUAAACAUAAAUUUAUCUAGAAUAACUCUUUAAUUUGUUUUGCACCAAUUUCAUGGUAUAGGGAUAAUUAAAGAGGUGUAAAUGAAAGUGCAGUACGUACAGUCUGUAUCCAGCAUAAAGAAAAUGUCUUAAAUAAUUGAUCAUUUUCAGGAAAAAAACAAUGAUGUCAUCUUGCUCAAGCAUUACUUUUAUAUUGUUUAGGGCUGGAUAAUGCAUAGUGGUGCAGGCAAAAAGUCAUUAUUGCUACUAUUUAGAUUUAGUAAACGACUAACAAAUUUACAUUGCGUUGUAAUGAAGAAUAUUUGUAAUUAUUUACAGUGUGGUUUGGAGCUCAUCUGAUUCACUGAAUUCUGGUUCUUUUGUUUAACACAGUUAUUCAUCAUCAACUUCAAGGACAUAGAACUCUUAGUUUAAACCUACUGAAUACGUUUGAAACAUAUGACAUCUUAAUGCACACAAAUGGCAUUUAAUGAGAGCUUCCCCUCAAAAUCCUGGACAUCUUUACAUUGUUUCAUAUACAAAAGUGAGCUAAAGAAUUGCAUACAAACAGACAAUUCAAAUGCACAUAACUGUCACUAAAUCAUGAGAGAUGAGCCCUGUAAGAGUGAAUCUUCUAUGCAGGACAUCUAUUGUCAAAUAUUGUGAGGCUGCAGUCCGGCUGCUCAAAGAUGGUGGGUUCUAGAACAAUGACUUUUCACUAAUAUCCAGCUAGUGGUGUUAAAAUAUCUUUAAAGAUAUAUGACACGUCAGGCUAGUUUAAGAUAAUGUCCUCCAUAUCAUAAGGUUGAGUUUGAAACAUUUCUAUACAGUAAAACAGAUUUAAUAUUUUAACAGAAUCUUUGAAAAUACCGGUGAACUUGUUGAGGAAAUGGUUGUGACAAAGUACAACUUUUUUGGUCUUACCUGUUUUUACAAUAUGAAUAUGUUGUAAUACUCAGAUAAUAUAGAGUGUGUUUGCGUACGUGAAUGUAAAUUAAGGUUUAGAUAAUAUACAAACUGGUUAUUUACUUCAUCACUAACUCUUGUGUGCUGUGUUUUAACAACCUGUUUCUGCUCUCUUGUGAAUCUAAUAACUUUCUAAUUUUGUAUUGAUCAUUUGUACUUGUAAAAUAACUUGUAAUGUUUGAAGAGGUUCUUGUAUUUAAAAAAUGCCAAAAUAAAUAGUUGGUUCAGUCAUUUCAAGCAUAGAGUUGCUUUUGUGAACUCCCAUGAGAAAACAAUGUGUUACACUGAUCAAUAUUAUCUCAUCUUUUUUAAUCAAAUGUGCAACUGAAGCAAUAUAUCUGUGUACCAAU